AUGUCGAGCAAACAGGCCGAAGAAGAAUUGCCGCCACGCCCAGCGUAUCCGAUUCCGGACUUUGGUCCAACGGGAAAGCUGGAGCCGUACUAUGGCUCGUACGAAACAGGUGUUCCUAUUGCCAUUGAUCUGGGUCGAUCCACCACGAGGUUUGGUCUUGUUAAGGAGUCGGACCCAAAUAAUGUGUUUCCGACACUGAUUUCGCGGUUUAAAGACCGUAGAGUCAACAAAAUGGUCACUCUUGUUGGAAAUGAGAUGUUUUUGGAUACAAUUUCGAAAUCCAACAUCCGUUCUGCGUUUGAUGGUCCAAUGAUCAACAAUUGGGACGUUAUUGAGAAAGUGCUUGAUUACGGGUUUCUUCAUAGCGGAGUCAGUUCUCAGGGAAGAGUGGACAAUCCGGUGGUGAUGAACGAAGUUCUGGCCACUCCUUUGCAACAAAGAGCCGGUAUGAUGGAGCUUUUGUUUGAAGGUUUCGAGAUUCCCAAAGUUGCCUUUGGAACAGACUGUUUAUUCAGUUAUUACCAGAACGGAGGGUCGACUGGUUUGGUUAUUGGUACAGGACAUGAUGCUACACACGUGAUUCCUGUUGUUGACCAGAAACCUGUUCUUUCCAUUGCCAAGAGAAUUGACUGGGGUGGACGUCAGGCCACAAACUAUCUGAUGGACUUUAUUGGACUCAAGUAUCCGUAUUUUCCAACACGAAUCACGCCGUUCCAGAUGGAGAAGAUCAAACAGGACUAUUGUUAUGUUUCGAAAGAUUAUGGCACAGAGGUGAGCAAUUAUCUGAGCUUGGACAAUCUGGAGAAGAACGAUAUCGUUUUGGAGGCUCCGUUUACAGAGAUUAUUAAGCAUCAAAAGACGGAGGAGGAGCUUCAGAUAGAGGCCGAGCGGAAACGGGACCAGAUCAAAAAAUUGCACGAACAGGCCAGAGAACGUCGUCUGGAGAAACUUGUUCAAAAAGAAGCAGACUUCACCUAUUACACGAACCUGAAAGACCGCAUGAAGAGCAUGAACAAGCGUGAACAGAUUGAUAUUCUGAGAACAGAAGGGUUUGACGACGAAGCCGAUAUGAACAAGUAUAUUGGGAACCUGGAGAAGUCGUUGAAAAAGGCCAGAAACGAAGAUAUUGGUGAAAACACAUCGGACGAGCCACCCUCGUUCCCGUUGAUCGAUGUUCCUGAUGAGCAAUUGACAGAGGAGCAGAUCAAAGAGAAACGGAAACAGAGACUGAUGAAGGCCAACCAUGAUGCUCGGAUCCGUGCCAAACAAGAAAAAGAACUGGCUCAGAAAGAAGCUGAAGCUGCCGCUGAAAAGGAUAGAAAACGCCGUGAAACAGAUCUUUCUGGAUGGAUAGCCGAAAGAAGGGAGAAACUUGAGAAACUCACUCAGAACGUGAAGGAGAGAAAGCGGUUGAAGGAGGAACUUACCGAUAGAAAGAGCCGUGCUGCUCAGAACCGGAUGAAAAACAUCGCAUCUCUUGCUGACGAGGACAGAGGAUCUGGUAGACGGAAGAAGGCCGGAAACGUUACGAUCGACAAUGAUCCUAACGACACGUUUGGAGCAAACGACGACGAUUGGGCGGUGUAUAGAGAUAUCGCCCGUGGCGAGGACGACGAUGCAGAGGAGGAAGAACAACAGGAGAUUUUGAAGAUCGAAGAAGAGUUAUUGGAGUUUGAUCCAGAUUUCACCGUUGAAGAUACUUUACAAAGACAGUACGACUGGCGCAACUCGUUGAUCCAUCGGUUUCUGAGAGGUCCACGCAAUUUCGACCCAGAAGACCAGCAUCAGCAGCACCAGAUCCAUAUCAACGUUGAGCGGAUCAGAAUCCCGGAAAUCAUGUUCCAGCCGUCGAUUGCUGGUGUUGACCAGGCGGGCAUUGUAGAGCUUUCGGAAGACACUCUUUUGCGCAGACUUCCUGGAGAAACUGGAUUUUCUGGAGACGAUAGCAACGAGAUGAUGAAAGACGUGUUUGUCACUGGAGGUCAGUCGUUGUUCCAAAACUUUCAAGAACGUUUGGAAACGGAUCUUCGUGCCGUUCUGCCUGUUGGAUCUCUGUUGAAAGUUAGAAGAGCCCAGGAUCCAUUGCUGGACGCCUGGAGAGGAAUGGCCAAAUGGUCGGUCAGUGAACACUCAAAGAACAGCUACAUUUCCAGACAGGAAUACGCCGAGUACGGCGCAGAAUACAUGAAGGAAAACAACAUGGGCUGGGUUAAGCUUUGA